AUUUGUUAGUCACAGUCAAGAUCACAGUUGAGUCUUUGGGAUGUUCAUCUUUAUUUACACAUUAUUGAUUUUCCAUCAGCUUCAUACCAAAGCAGUAAACACUCUUUGCAAAAUAAUGGGAGACCCUCAGUAUCCGCUGUUUUCCAAGGAUGGAGACUUAACUAUUGGAGGACUUUUUCCAGUCCACAGCAAAGAAACAUUACCUUCAUUUGAGUUUACACAAAAACCUCAGCUUCUAUCAUGCUCCAGUGUGUAUCUGAGAGAUUUUCGACUGGCCCAAAUCAUGAUGUUUGCCAUUGAGGAGAUUAACAGAAGUGAAAGUUUGCUUCCAAAUGUUUCUAUUGGCUACAGAAUCUAUGAUUCCUGUGGGUCAAGACUGUCUACAAUGAGUGCCACUAUGGGUCUGAUGAAUAGUCAGGAAUUUGGUGUAGGAUACAGAUGCAAUGGUCAGUCUACUUUACAUGCUAUCAUCGGCGAAUCAGAGUCUACCGCAACAGUGAUUCUGUCCAGAACUACAGGACCUUUUAAAAUUCCAGUGAUAAGUCACUCAGCAUCAUGUGAAUGUCUCAGUAAUAGAAAAGAUUACCCUUCAGUCUUCAGGACUAUGGCUAGUGAUUACCACCAGAGCAGAGCACUGGCAUCUAUAGUAAAGGACUUAGGCUGGUCUUGGGUGGGAGCUGUGAACAGUGACAAUGAAUAUGGAAAUUAUGGGAUGACAAUAUUUUUAAAAAUAGCACAGGAGAUGGGAAUUUGUGUUGAGUACUCUGUAAAAUUCUACCGAACAGAGCCAGAAAAACUCAAGAAAGUGGUAGACACAAUAAAAAAAAGCACAGCAAAAGUGAUUAUUGCAUUUAUUUCACUUCCUGAAAUGGGCUUAUUAACUGAUCAGUUAAGUAUUCAGAACAUUACAGGUUUCCAAAUGAUUGGAGUGAAGUCAUGGAUAACUGUAAAGAGUCUGAUCACUCCAAACAGUUAUCGAGUGCUUGGAGGGUCACUGGGGUUUGCAGUGAAAAAAAAUAAUGUUGAAGGGUUUGCAGAUUAUGUCUUAAAAGAAUUCUGGAACACAGCUUUUCCAUGUUCAAAGACUGAGGGGAAUGUUUCUCAAUAUGCGUUAAGUUGCAGCAGAUAUGAAGAACUACUUUUACUAAAAAAUUACAUUGAAGAUGUGCCUGAACAAAGAUAUGCAAGUUAUGUCUACAAAGCAGUUUAUGCUGUCGCUCAUUCACUACACAUUCUACUAAAGUGCAAAGAAAAAGAAGGUUGUGAGAAAGGCUUGACAAUACAACCACAGCAGAUUGUUGAGGCUCUAAAACAGGUCAAUUUCUCCAUAAAGAUGGGGGAUAGUGUGUGGUUUGACAGCACUGGUGGCACAGUAGCCCAAUAUGACAUUAUCAACUGGCAGCGAGACUCAGAUGGUUCAAUAAAAUUUAAAUCAGUGGGAUACUAUGAUGACUCACUGCCCCCACACCAACGCUUUGUGUUUAACACUCAAAACGUAAUCUGGGCUGGAGGACAGCUGGAGAAGCCAAGGUCUGUGUGCAGUGAGAGUUGUCCUCCAGGCACUAGGAAGGCUGCACAGAAAGGAAGACCUGUUUGCUGUUAUGACUGUAUUCCAUGUGCAGAAGGAGAAAUCAGUACUGAGACAGAUUCAAAUAACUGCAAGCAGUGUCCAAGGGAAUACUGGCCUAAUGCUGAGAAAAAUAAAUGUGUGCUAAAGGCUAUAGAGUAUCUGUUAUUCACAGAAGUUAUGGGUAUAGUGUUAGUCUUUUCCUCACUCUUUGGAGUAGGAUUAACUGCGCUGGUGGCCAUUCUGUUUUACAGAAAGAAGAGCACCCCCAUAAUAAAAGCCAACAACUCAGAGCUGAGCUUCUUACUGCUCUUCUCAUUGACUCUGUGUUUCCUCUGUUCUCUUACUUUCAUUGGCCGGCCCACUGAGUGGUCCUGUAUGUUGCGUCACACAGCAUUUGGGAUCACAUUUGUCCUCUGUAUUUCUUGUGUUCUGGGGAAAACAAUAGUGGUGUUGAUGGCCUUUAAGUCUACACUUCCAGGAAGUAAUGUCAUGAAAUGGUUUGGGCCUAAACAACAGCGACUCAGUGUGCUUUUCUUUACUCUUGUACAGGUUCUUAUCUGUGUGCUUUGGCUAACAAUAUCUCCUCCAUUUCCUCAAAAAAAUAUGAAAUAUUAUAAGGAAAAGAUCAUUCUUGAGUGCAGUCUGGGUUCUAAUAUAGGUUUCUGGGCUGUGCUUGGUUACAUUGGCCUACUGGCCUUCUUUUGCUUCAUUCUUGCUUUCCUGGCUCGCACACUGCCUGAUAAUUUCAAUGAAGCUAAAUUCAUUACAUUCAGUAUGCUGAUAUUCUGUGCUGUAUGGAUCACCUUUAUCCCAGCUUAUGUCAGUUCUCCAGGAAAAUUUACUGUAGCUGUGCAGAUAUUUGCCAUUUUAGCCUCAAGCUUUGGUUUACUUUUUUGUUUAUUUUUACCUAAAUGUUAUAUCAUCCUCUUCAAACCUGAAGAAAAUACAAAGCAUAAUUUAAUGGGGAAAACGAUGUAUUAUACUGCUAAGAAAUAA